UAGGGCUCUUUCCARCAACAGGCUCCCCCGCUGCUCUGUGUCUCCUGCUUGCAGUUUCAGAGAUAAUGUCCUGGAAGAGAGAGCACAUGAGUCCACCUCCUUGUUUCAUCCAGCGACUGGACCACCUUGUGUUGACCGUGAAGAGCAUUGAGGACACUGUGGACUUUUAUUCCAAAGUCCUUGGCAUGGAGGUGGUCACUUUCAAGGUAACACAGGGAAACCGCAAGGCUUUGCAUUUUGGCUGCCAGAAAUUUAACCUCCAUGAGGCUGGGAAGGAAUUUGAACCCAAGGCUCGACACCCGGUUCCUGGUUCUGCAGAUGUUUGCCUUAUCACACAGACCCCSCUGGAGCAGCUACUUGAACACCUGAAGGCCUGUGGGGUGAAGGUUGAGGAAGGUCCUGUGGCCAGAACUGGUGCUAUGGGCCAGAUUACAUCCAUCUACUUCCGAGACCCUGAUGAGAACCUGAUCGAGGUUUCUAGGUACAGCUCGGAUGCAGCAGGCAUGACUGCAGUUAGUCUAGGAGAGCACUGACCACUGACCUGCCUGAGUCCCAGGAGGAGAGAGCAAACAGAGGCCAGGAUUUUAAUGGCCAUUUUACAUUCUGUUUUGCAGCUUAAAACAUGACUCAGUUUGCAGACCCAUGGAGCAUUGAACAAUAGGU